AUGGGGGAGUCUGGAUUUCUUCUCGCCGCCGCGGGCGAACCGGGACGAUGCGUCGUGUGGUCCUGGUCGGUGAACGACGCUAACGACGACGAGUUCUUGCUCAAAGAACACGUGACUUGCGAUGAGAUGCCCGCGAUGAACUAUCGAGGCGUCGUGCCCAAGCCGGGCACUCCCACGAGUCUGCAGUGGCUCGACGUCGAUCGCAAUCCAAAAAUCGUCGCCGUCGUCGACGAAGGUUUGACCUACGUGUGGAACGUCUUGGAGAAGGCGCGCGAUCGCUCGUCGUACGCGAUCGACCACGGCAUUCGAUCAUUGAUUCCGGUUCACUGCGAAGGCGUGCCAUCGCGUGGCCCCGCCGAAGACGAGCCCUUGGCCGCAGUGGCGCUCGCGCGUCGCAAGCGCGCGCCGCUUUUGGAUCUCGAGUCGAAAGACUCCUCCGACGACUCUCUGUCGAGCGAGCGCGGAGAAUCGUGCGCGAUCGGUGCCGCACUCAUUCGUGUUCACGGUUUAUCCAUCGGCGAGUCGUUAUUCGCCUCGGAGUCGUCCACGGCGGUAUCGUUGGCGUGCGCGGGCGAAGACGCGUGCUUCGGCGCGCGAGACGGCGCGUUCGUCGCCUGGAACAUAGCCACCGGCGAGUGCGCGCUCAAGGUGCUGCUCGCCGUACCGGCAAGUGGUGAACUCACCGACGACCAGGACCUCGCCGUGCGCUCGGUGGCGUGCGCUGAGAGGCACGUCGCCGCGUGUUGCGGCGACGGCGUCUUCGUCUUCGCCAAAUCCGCGCCGCGCGCGAGCUAA